AUGUUUGAAGGUUCCAAAAACGAUACAAGCAUCAAUCCCCGAUGUUGGGUUGCUAUGAAUUUCAAACAAUCAAUUCCAUACGUACUUCUCCAGAGUAGGGUGUAUGUGAAAGUUCUAGACUUUUCCCUGGAGGCUUAUCGGGAUAUGGCAUCUGCACUUUCCAAGGCUGAUGGAAUUGACUAUACUGACCCUGAAGAGUUAUUGGUUGCAACAAUAAUGGAUCUUGAUGCAAUGGAUGGUAAAGGGAGUGUGUCGUUAUUGGCAAAGUGUUCAACUUCUCCUAAUGUCAAUACAAGGUUAAUGGCAUGGCAUUGGCACUUCCAUUUUUUCAUUCUAUGGUUCAUCACAUACCAAAACCAACUCCUCAAAAUGAUUAAUGUCGGGGGCUCUUCGAUUUGCUUAGGAGAUUGUCCUCCUGAUGCCAUUCUCCCUCACGAAGAGUGCAACAAGGCUAACAAAAUUGCAUAUUAUUCUGAAUUGCAUAAAGUUCUUGGGUGGUACCUACAACUUUUUGGAAUUCAUCUCCUUAUCAUUUGGAGGAUCCGAGUGAAGGUGGUAAAAAGAAUGGAAGUAUUAUUAGAAGGCCUCCACAUGAUGUUGACUAUUGACUAUGUUCCUGCAGAACUAGUUGGAAAGAAUGUGAGGCCUAUGAAGAAGAAAAAGACCCAAUGGGAUCUACAGUCAGGCCUAUAG